AACAGUAAUAUCCAUUAAAGUCAUGAAAGAAGUGUGAAAAAAUGAAGUUGGAGAAAGAAAAGGAGAAGAAAAAACGAAGAUAGCAGGAGUCGCUAAUCAGUAUUUUGAAAUCGUGGAAGCUUAAGCUGAACUUCAUCGUUCAGAAAUGGAAGCCGCAGCGUUGAAAGUGGAGUCACUUGCGUGCAUAGACUCAACCACUCUCUCUCACUCCGAGCUUCUCGCCCUUUCUCUCUCCUCUCUCUGCGCCUUCGACCUUCGCGCCACCAAUGACCUCGUCACACCCAAGAUCGACCCCGCGCUCUUCAACGAGAGCGCCGGCUCCCGCCGCCAGACCUACUCCCGCCCCCAGUCCUCCCCGACGGGCCGCCGCCGCCGCCUCGCCGGCCUACUGCCCGCCCCCAAGCCCCCUCCCCUCCCCGCUCACGACCCCGAGAACGCCGAAAACCGCCUCAUCAUCGACUACCUCAAACAACUCAUCCGAGAGGACCCCAAGUUCGACCAGGUCCACCUCGCUUCCCCUUCCCUUCCCCCACCCAAUGUCAAGCGCAAGCGAGGCCGCAAACCCAAGCUCAAACUCCACCUGGAACACUGCUACCGCGGAAUCGACAUUCUUAACCGGAACGGCGUCGCCGUUGAUCUCUCGCAGUUGGCCACCUCCCAAGACCCCUUCGCCGAUGAGCUCAAGAGGCGCACAGAGGGUUUGAGCAGCGAAGAAGAGCUGUUAGGGUUUUUGAGGGAUUUGCCUGGCCAAUGGGGGAGCCGUAGGAAGAAACGCAGGAUUGUUGAUGCCUCGGAUUUCGGCGAUGUGUUGCCGCUCAGUUGGAAGAUUCUUCUCGGUUUGAAGAGGAAGGACGGUCGUGCGUGGAUCUAUUGCCGCAGAUACAUUAGCCCUAGUGGACAGCAGUUUGUGUCUUGCAAAGAGGUUUCUUCAUAUUUACAGUCUCUUCUGGGUAAUGGUGAUGGGCAAUCGCAAAGUAGUCGCAGGAGUGAAAAUGUAGUGCAGGAACAGAUCGUGCCUGCUGAAAAUUCUGCUGGUGUCACUCCUGAACGUCAAGAUCAGAGACAGAUUGUUGCCGUGAACGCGGAGGUGCCUGGGUUAUUUGCGGGUGCUCGGGAAAGAGUCAAGGAGGUUGCCUUGUUGGGAAUUGAAAAUCUUGCAGAUGUGCAGAUUCAAGAUCUGUUUGAGUGUCGCAAGUGCAAUAUGAGUUUUGACGAGAAGGAUUCGUACUUGCAGCACCUGUUGUCAGUUCACCAGAGGACGACAAGGCGGUACCGGCUUGGUUCCUCUGUUGGAGAUGGAGUUAUAAUUAAAGAUGGGAAGUUUGAGUGCCAGUUCUGCCAUAAGGUGUUUCUGGAAAGGCGUCGUUACAAUGGUCAUGUGGGGAUUCAUGUUAGGAAUUAUGUGAGGAGGGUAGAAGAUUCACCAGGUCAGAUUAAUGUCCAGAGGACAGAUGACAAGUCUCCAGUAAGGGAGGACGUGCCAUUAAGGAUAUCUAAGAUGGAUGCCCUCAUUGAAAUUGCUCAAAACUCUAUUAUGGAGGGUUGUGUCACGGAACCCCAUCAUUUAGCUAAACUGAAUGGGAUUCCUGCUUCGGAUGUUGCUGUUGGUUACUUGGACCAAGAUGGAAACUCUGAGGCUCCAAUCAGUGAAAAGCAGAUGGAAGAUAGCUUGACUAAGAAAAAUGUGGAUCAUCAUGGAAUGGAUGGAAAGGUAGAGGAAGUUGAUAAUGAUAACCGUGUGAUAGAUGUAAAAAUGGUUACUUUUCUUGAUAACAUGGGUUUGUUAUCUGUAAAUAAGCAAGAUGUUAAAGCAUCCGAGACUUCUGAAGUAAAAGAUGAUGUGGAAUUGACUAUUGAGGAACUGGAUCAAUCUGGGAUUGAUUUGGAUGGUGUUUCUGAAGUUCAUUUAUCUGAACUUAACAUGAUACCAGAAUCUGAAAAGGGUGAAAAUUCUGAAUCUUCUAAUGCUAAAGUUCAGUUUAAACCUGAUGAAGGCAUUAGUAACAAGAGUGAUUUGGAAUUUGGUUUAAAUUGCUUGAAGGAUGUACCUGUUACCGUUAGCACUGAUGUCCAAGAGAUGGUAAUGGCAGGUUCUGAAGAAAAUGUGGUACAUUCUAGGGCUUUUAACUCCUCUAUAUCCACAGAACAACCUAUGGAUUGUUUGCCUGCAUUCAGCUCUGAUAAGGGAGGAAAACAGUUUUGCCGUCUUGAAAAUGAACAUGAUAACGUGAAGGGUCUCGAGGAAUUGAGGUUUGAUGAAAUAGAUAGUGUUGAUUAUGAUUUUGCAAGGAUUCAGGAUUCUCCUUCUCCGCCUGCUGUAUCAGCUGAAUUGGCCAAUGACGCAGUGAUGGGAGAGACGUUUUUAUCCUCAGUUCAGUUUGAAUCACAGCUUACAACUGUAUGUGUAUGGUGUGGAAUAGAGUUUAACCAUGACGCUGUCAAUUCUGAAAUACAACCAGAUUCUGUUGGAUUCAUGUGUCCAGCUUGUAAAGCAAAAAUCUCUGGUCAAAUCAACGUGUUGGACUGUGAAUCGCCAAAUGCUGGCUGUCUAUAGACUGACCAAAAUAACAUAAAAAUUGCAGCUAUUAGGGGGGAGGGAAGGGACUUCAAUAUGCUUUAUUCUUUUUCAGAAGGAAUCUGUAACGAAUUUACUAUUGUUGUCCGUUGUACUUGUCACACCUGUAGUGACAGGCAACCUUGUAUCAUAAUUCGUGUCGGCUUCAAAUAGAGCUUCUAACUUUGGGUGCUGAAUGAUCUUCGAGAGACAGUAGAAGGAGGUGAUGAUGAACUGGAAGACAGCAUUUGGGAUGGAAUACUUGAUUUAUUGUAUUAUGGUUUUUAUUCUUCUCGUAUGGAAUACUUGAUUUAUUGUAUUAUGGUUUUUAUUCUUCUCGUAUGUUGUAUUGUCGUACAUAGCCCUGUUCGUAUGAGAGCCAAUUAUUAUCUUGUA